AUGGGGCCGUCAAAGAGUCGUGGCAAGCCGUGGCACCAACUGGAAACCACUCCCCCCGCCCCUCCUUCUCCACCAAACCACUCCCCCCUCCCCUCCCGUCUCCACCAAACCAAUCCCCCCUCCCCUCCCGUCUCCACCAAACCAAUCCCCCCUCCCCUCCCUCUCAAACCACAAACCACUCCCUCUCCACCAAACCACUCCCUCUCCACCAAACCACUCCCCCCUCUCCACCAAACCACUCCCCCUCCCCUCCCUCUCCACCAAACCACUCCCCCUCCCCUCCCUCUCCACCAAACCACUCCCUCUCCACCAAACCACUCCUCUCCACCAAACCACCCCUCCCCUCUCCACCAAACCACUCCCCCCUCCCCUCCCGUCUCCACCAAACCACUCCCCCUCCCCUCCCGUCUCCACCAAACCACUCCCCUCUCCCCUCCCGUCUCCACCAAACCACUCCCCCUCCCCUCCCUCUCCACCAAACCACUCCCCCUCCCCUCCCUCUCCACAAACCACUCCCCCCCCUCUCCACCAAACCACCCCCCUCCCCUCCCUCUCCCCACCAAACCACUCCCCUCCCCUCUCCAACAAACCACUCCCCCUCCCCUCCCUCUCCACCAAACCACUCCCCCUCCCCCUCCCCUCUCCAACAAACCACUCCCCCUCCCUCCUCUCCAACAAACCACUCCCCCCUCCCCUCCCUCUCCAACAAACCACUCCCCCCUCCCCCCCCUCCUCUCCACCAAACCACUCCCCCUCCCCUCCCUCUCCAACAAACCCACCCCCCUCCCCUCCCUCUCACCAAACCACUCCCCUCCCCCUCCCUCUCCAACAAACCACUCCCCCUCCCCUCCCUCUCCAACAAACCACUCCCCCCCUCCCCUCCCUCUCCCAACAAACCACUCCCCCCUCCCCUCCCCUCCAACAAACCACUCCCCCCUCCCCUCCCUCUCCAACAAACCACUCCCCCCUCCCCUCCCUCUCCAACAAACCACUCCCCCUCCCCUCCCCCUCUCCACCAACCCCUCCCCUCCCCCUCCCUCUCCACCAAACCACUCCCCCUCCCCUCCCUCUCCACCAAACCACCCCCCUCCCCUCCCUCUCCACAAACCACCCCCCUCCCCUCCCCCCCUGGGCCUGAGUUUGGCCAAGCCUGGGUUAGUAAAAGCCAAAGCUAAAGGAACUCCAGCGCAGGAAGCUGACUCGGUGCUUCCCAGCUCUCAGGUGAUGACUCAGCUCGCUGUUAGCGCCACGGUCUUCACCCCCGCCACGCCACCUCGCUCGCCACGGUGA